CCUGUUGGGUCAGGCACAGGCUGUUGUGAAACGGAAGUGAAAAAAAGGGGGAGAGAAGUUUUAAAAAAAGCUUUUUUUUCCCUCUUUGUGAAGAGACAGCAGGUCCACACUGGGACAGUGAAACCAAGUUCGCAGUUAUCAAUCCAGCGGCAAAUACUGCCAGUUCAGUAGGAUGGGAGUAAACGCGUUAACUCCUGGUCACUCUGGUACUGCACCAUGGUAAGCGGUUCACAAAAAAAACAAAGUCCCAUCUUCAGAAACGCUGUAAGAUGGUGGCUGAUCUGAUAACCUUCAACUCCAUUUGCCUGCUUUAUCCCCAUUAUCCUUGAAUAUGACAACCAAAGAACAUGGCGGUUAAGACUUUUUUUGUGACUACAGCCUGCUGUGCAGUGACAUACCACAGGACAGAUAAUACGAGAGAAAGCAGUAACUAGCUUUCCCAGAUGUUGUAAAGCAUAUCAUUUAUUUGGCAAUGAUCAUUCAGAAGUGCUGGAAACAAGAUGUUCUUUCAAAGCUGAGAAUCAUGUUCACUACAAUUAAUGAAGAGCACAUGGUGGGCCAAAACGUCAGAAAAGACUGGGCAGAAUGAUCCCCACUUCCUUUUACACUGCUUUUGAGCUGGAAGAAAACCACCAGAAUGCAACUAAAUCAAGAACAGUGCUUUUAACCAAACAGGAAGUGAAAAUCUCCUUUAACAAGAAGCCUUGGUAGACAUGCUUUAAAUUUUGAACUUCCAACAUUUUAGCUUGUAAGGAAAAAAAAAUUGAUUGAUAACAAUGCCAUCAAGGGGAAAAUACUUUAUUAGUGAAAAUGAAGCUCGUAAAAGUACAGACUCACUGUAUGAGACUUAUUGCUGUAUGAGCCAGCAACUACCACUUGUUGUCCUCUUCCUAGUGAUAAUCAUUGGGGCUUGUAUAGCUCUGAUUGCUCUUUUCUUUUCCAUUGAGCUGAAUGUUCAGAUGCACCUUCUCUUUUUUAUUACAUUAUGCACUGCUUUGGGCAUAUUUAUAGUGAUUUUUAUUCUUGUCUGCAUUGAGUCCUUAUUUCAAAGAUGGAUGAAGAUAUUUGCAUUAGUCAUUUGGGUUUGUCUUCUUACUAUGGGGUACGUUUUCAUUUUUGCUGGUGAUACUAUCUCUGCUUGGGACCAGGUACCAUUUUUUUUGUACAUAAACUUUGUUUUGUAUACAAUGCUGCCAUUAUGUAUACGAGAUGCCAUCUUUGCAAGUAUCCUGUCAUCCAUCUCUCAUAUUGUUACCCUCAGUAUUCAUUUUGGAGUUUUACCAAUCAGUUUAUGUACUUACCAGUUGAUUUCCAAUGCUGUAAUAUUUUUCUGUGGUUGCUUGAUUGGCCUUUUUCAUAAAUUCUCAAUGGAACGUGCCUUAGAGCAAACUUAUGAGGACACUUUAAGCUGCAUACAAAUAAGGAUGCAGUUGGAUAUUAAGAAGAAACAACAGGAAAGCCUGCUGUUAUCAGUGUUGCCAGUUUAUAUAUCUAUGGAAAUGAAACUUGCUAUUAUUGAACGUUUGAAAGAAAGUAAUUAUUAUCCACACAAGCGUGAUAAUUUCCACAGUUUGUAUGUAAAGAGGCACCAGAAUGUAAGCAUAUUGUAUGCAGAUAUUGUGGGCUUUACCCGACUUGCUAGUGACUGCUCACCCAAAGAACUUGUUGUCAUGCUGAAUGAACUGUUUGGGAAGUUUGACCAGAUUGCUAAGGAGAAUGAAUGCAUGAGGAUAAAAAUAUUGGGUGAUUGCUAUUACUGUGUCUCAGGUCUUCCUGUAUCGUUACCAAAACAUGCAAAGAACUGUGUGAAAAUGGGGCUCGACAUGUGUGAAGCUAUUAAGCAAGUUCGGGAUGCAACUGGAGUAGACAUUAAUAUGCGGGUUGGUGUCCAUUCUGGGAAUGUACUAUGUGGUGUCAUUGGUCUUCGAAAGUGGCAGUAUGAUGUUUGGUCACAUGAUGUCACCCUAGCUAAUCACAUGGAAUCUGGAGGAGUGCCAGGACGUGUACAUAUCACUGAUGCAACACUGAACCAUUUGCAUAAAGCAUACGAAGUUGAAGAAGGAAAUGGACACCAAAGAAACGCCUACCUCAAUGAACUGAAGCUCAAAACAUAUUUGGUCAUUGAUCCAAGGACCAAACAGCAAAGCCUGAAGACUCGGCACCUACCAAAGCCAAGACAAGGUAAUGAUGGGCUGAAAAUGAGGGCAUCUGUCCGUAUGACACGAUAUCUGGAGUCAUGGGGUGCAGCAAAACCUUUUGCUCAUUUUCAGCAACGGGAAAGUGAGAGCAGUGAAAUGUCAGCACCAAAUGGAAAGAUCCGGAAGGAAAUUCCCAUGCAUUCACUUCGACUACAUCGAACGUUAGAUAGAAACAAAUCUCAAAAAAGAAGAUUUGAAGAGGAACUGCAUGAUAAAAUGAUAACAACAAUUGAUGGGAUAAAUUCAUACAGGCAGUGGGUUAAAUGUGAUGUCUUUUCUCCUUUGUUGCUGUCAUUCAGUGAAAAGGGAUUAGAAAAACAGUAUCGUUCAGUCUGUCUUCCUUCCUUGAAGUAUUAUGUUGGUUGUGCCACUUUGAUAUUCAUUUGCAUCUUUGUGAUCCACAUGCUUGUAAUGCCACAGAAAUUUCUACUGGGAAUAUCAUUUGGAAUUGCUGCAAUUAUUCUUCUGAUAAUUCUCUUCAUUUGCUUUGCUGCUCAUCUGAAGCGCUGGGUGAAUGGCUCACUGUCAGACUUCUUCGUUACCGUCUCUGAAACUGUUACAAAGAAACCAAUAGUACGGCUGCCAUUGAUACUUAUUGUCAUAGGUGGUGUAUUGAUCGUGUCAGUUUUGAACUUGCAAUCCCUGCAAGUUGCCAAUGAAACAGUGCACAAUGAGACGAAAUCUUCAAUGAAUGAUACCGACUGCCUUCCUUAUUAUGUCUGCUGUUGUAUUUUGGGACUCAUCACCUGCUCAGUCUUCCUCAGAGUGAGCUUUGAACUGAAAGCACUUCUAUUAAUUAUUGCCUGUGUGGUCUAUAACAUCGUUCUCCUAAAUAUCUGCGCUCCAUUGUUUGAUGAUUACCAUUUUCGUCUGCACAACAGCAGUGACAACGUAACUCCCGUGAAAAACCCCAAGAUUAUGGGGAGCUUUUACCUCCUCCUGUUUGGGUUCACCCUGCUGUUUCUGAUGAAGCAGAAUGAAUAUUAUUGUAGACUAGACUUCCUAUGGAAGAAUAAAUUUAAAAAAGAAAGGGAAGAAAUCGAGACAAUGGAGAAUCUGAAUCGACUGUUAUUGGAAAAUGUACUGCCAGGGCACGUCGCUGAGCACUUCAUUGGCGAAAAUAAAAAGAACGAGGAUUUGUACCAUCAGUCUUACGACUGCGUGUGUAUCAUGUUUGCAUCAAUUCCGGAUUUCAAAGAAUUUUACACAGAAUGCGAUGUAAACAAGGAGGGACUUGAGUGCCUGAGAUUGUUAAAUGAAAUCAUAGCGGACUUUGAUGAGCUUUUGUCAAAGCCAAAGUUUAGUAGUGUUGAAAAGAUAAAAACUAUUGGGAGCACCUAUAUGGCUGCUGCAGGUCUUACCAUUGGCCAGGAAAAUAAGCAGGAUAGUGAAAAGCCUUGUACUCACAUUGGCAUCAUGGUGGAGUUUGCCACUGCAUUAAUGAGUAAACUGGACGGCAUCAACAGACAUUCUUUCAAUAAUUUUAAACUGCGGGUUGGCAUCAACCACGGACCCGUGAUUGCUGGUGUCAUUGGAGCCCAGAAGCCCCAGUAUGACAUAUGGGGAAAUGCUGUUAAUGUUGCUAGCAGAAUGGAAAGCACUGGUGAACUUGGCAAAAUCCAGGUGACAGAAGAAACCUGCAAUGUUUUGCGACGACUGGGGUAUUCUUGUGAAUCUCGAGGAAUUAUCAGUGUGAAAGGCAAAGGUGACCUACAGACUUACUUUUUGUGCACUGAUGCCACAAAGUCGCACUAAAUCCAAAAUAAACAAUUUAUGCAGUUACAACAACAGCCACAUCAAGAAUAUUUCCAGUAUAGUUACAAGAUUGCUUGCCAAUACAUGUCUGGCAAAGCAAAGUAGCAGUAAGAUGUUAUAAUUUGCAACUAUGAAACUGGGAUUAUGAUAGUGGAUUUUAUUUUAAAAUAAGUUCUUUACGUCUGUACAGUUGUGAAUUGUGUGCUGUUACUAUUUGGGGAAAAGAAACAUUUCCAUGUCCCUGGUAUCAUAACUUAUAGUACAAGGAGUAAACAAUGAAAUUUAUAUAUAGUACCAUUCAAAUUUUGUAUGUUGUAGCAAUAGUUCUUUUUAAUGUAUAUGUUUUGAACUUGAAUAUAAUUUCACAAUUGUGCUCAGAAAUAGAUAGUCUCUAAAAUCAGAAGUGUCACUAGUAAUGAGAAAACAUUUGUAUACUACUUGGAUUUUGAACUGAACAAAUGCGUUGUCAACAGGAUUGUACCUGACUGAUUAGCACAAUUGUUAUUUCAUAAAAAUCUACUCAUUCGUGGUCACCAAGCAGUUUUAAGAAUUUUUACUGGUGUAAACUGUGCUGUCACAAUAAGUGGAUUCUGCAGUUCUUAUUAGUACAAAAUUCAAAGCUCUGCUUAUCUAGAUUUAUUCCUCAAAACUUGUUUACCAAUGACUAUGGUGCCAGCCAUAGCACUGAGUCACCAGAGAUUUGGUUAACCCAUAUUGUUAUAAAUCAAAUUUUCAUUACCAUGCUGCGCCAUAAAUCGACGUCAUGUUUUAACAGAAAAUGUUAUCCAAUGUUCACAAAUAACAAGCUAUUCUAGUGACUCUCCACUGACUCUUGACGUCAGUGCAAAGUUACUCUCACUCAAUUACUGUGUAAUUUCUUAACCGAUAUCGGUACCUAAAAAUGUUUCAUGACUGAAACAAUAUUCUUGAUUUUAAUAAUGUGAUCUUUUUCUGCAGAGUUAAUGCCCUUUUUUUAAUGUAGUCAUUCAACUUAGAGUGAAGUCAUAAGUUUAAAAAAAAAACUGCUAUUUAUGCAUGGUUCCAAAUUACUGUACAAUCCUGCUGUUUUAAGUUUACUGGUGCAGUGUACUAGCAUUCAACAAGUCUGGUACAAUCUACUUUUGUAGUUGAGAUAUGGAUUUUUAAAAAAAUUGUUGAGGAAGAAAUUUAAACUGAUAAGCACUUAUUUUGUAAAUUGUAGAAUUUUGCAUAGUUUCCUAAGAUGAUGUUAAAAUACAGGAUAAUAAAUCACAAGUUAUGUCCAAUUUUGUGUGAACAGAAAUUUCAACUGAGCUGAUGUAUUUAAUGAGUUGAGAAUUAAAGAGAAAUAGCAAAAUAUGCACUGUUUUCUUUAGGGGUAGAGAACAAUACUUUAUAGAUUGGUUAAUACUUUUCUACAAUUGGUAUAAAAAAGGGAAACCUUCAUUAAGUUAUGCCGUAAUAUAGGUUGCUUAUAGCUGAUGGAAUGCACAUUUCUGAAUGCUAGUGAAGUAAUGCAACAAAAAGGUUUUUGUUUCUUGAAAUUUGAACCAAAUAGGCUAUAA